AUGACGAUUCAAGUUACAGAUCUCACUGAAGCGGAUAUUCCAGGGGCCGUAAAAGCAGUACAACAAGCAUUCAGCGGCGACCCUUACAAUGUCUGGGUGUACGAUCAAUCAAAGUUCAACCCGCAACGAAAUUAUGAAUCCCUAGCCCUCCGCAUGAGAUGGGGCAUCCGCAACGGCAUCUUCCACGUCGCAAAAGAACAGGGCAGCGACGAGGUUCUCGGUGUGGCGAUGUGGCUUCCUCCGCAGCCCGCCGAUGCACCGCCAACGUGGAAUGACUGGCUCGAGGGAUGGCGGCUAUGGUUUGGGCAGGUGAAUUAUAAUCUGUGGUACGGGCGUGGGGGUUUGAACGUCAAGCGAUACUACAUCUGGAAAGAAGCCCAAGCCAAAGCCCAGCGCGAGCUCUGGACUGACCCAAGGGGCUACUAUUUUCUCAACAUCAUGGUUGUGCUGCCUUCCGCCCAGGGGAAAGGCGUGGGUGCGAAGAUGAUGAAGGUUAUUACGGACCGGGCUGAUGAGGAAGGUGUCAAGUGUUAUUUGGAGUCGAGUAGGGAUGUGCCGAAUGUAAAGAUUUAUGGGCGGUGGGGGUUCGUGUUCGAGAGGGAGAUGGUUUGUGACGAUGAGGGGGAUGCGAUUCGGUUGUUUACCAUGGUUAGGAAGCCUGGGGCUAUGGCUGGGGAUGGGAGGGGUGGUGGGUGA